AUGGUGGUAGACGCGCUACUGGCCGCCGAUCCGAUUUUGAGAAUUUCUGAUCAAAUCACGGAUCCAAACCGUUACGUAUUUUUGACCGACUCGAUUAUAGAGGAAAUUGAACGUUCUUUCCACCCUGUAAGCUCUUCCUACCUCAUUCACGCAAUUAUUGAAGCCAUCCACCAGGAACUUGCAGCGUCGCGCGAGAUCAUCGAACGACUACGCAGGCGGCGCUUGUAUAAAUGCGUAGAUGUUAUCCAUCUCCACGCACAUGAAGAGGAGCAUUGGAGGAAAUUUGUUACUUGCGAGAGUAUUGUCAAAGAAGCGAACAAGAUACGUAGUGAGGAUUCUGAAACCAGCAAUCAACCACCUGUCUUGGCAUCCGAUAGCAAAGCGCAUAGACUGACGUAUAACCAAAGCUUCUAUGGAAAACACAAUCCGAAUGUAGCGAUGCACGCAAAGCCAGAGGUGUAUAGUCAGACAUUUCCCCAUUAUUUUGCGGAGCUGGCGCUGAGAGUUAACUUCGACAGUCUCUAUGGUCUCGUACAAGCUGGUUUCCGUUCAGUGCAACAUACCUGUCUCCAGAAGGUGAUUUCCAAAGGAUCUACACAGAAAUCCACACUUCAGACACCUAGACAAGGAUUUACUGCACUGCCAGAGAAUGUUGAUGGUUCGGGUGGUAGUGAGUUUAGAGUUGGUCUUUAUGAUUCAAAUCCUUUCACGUCGGUACCGCCCUCUUUUGCUGCCACUGGUUCUCCUUCCUCGAAGUCAAAGCAAAUUAGGGGACGGUCUAUCGCAUCAUUGCCAUCUUCACGGGCAUCUCCUAUACCAGCAGGGGACGUUCUACCGCUUGUCACUGCAUCGUCUGGUAUUGAACAGUCACAUACAAACAAGCGAAGCCGAGAGAUAGAAACAGAUGCCGAAGAUAUCUCCAAGGUGCUUAAUGUGAGCAAGAAACCAAAGCUUAAAUGA